AAACCACGUCGACGGGUCGGCUGGUUGGGGUUGGAGGGAAACCAUUAAACCUUCGACGGCUACGCCCGAGUCGGUGGGCUGCCUAGCCUGCUUGGCUGCUUACAUAUGUGGUGGCGGCUGGCGCCGCUUCAAAAACCCCCCAAUCAGGGUAAUGGAGGGAAACAAUGGAAGUGAUCGUAAUUAAUCGCAGCUGGAGCCAAUUUGGCAGGGAGAAAGGAGGAAGACGUUGGGGGGGUGGAGAGAGACAGGAAAAGGAAGGACCGGUUGCGAGCUGGAGCACUGGACCAUCUUCUAGUCUCAGUCAGUUCAGUCAGUCAGUCAGUCUAUCUCCUGCACUAGUCUCACGACCGGACCGCAGCAUGGAAAACCGAGCCUGCGCCAUUUUGUGGGGAGGACGAAUGAGAAGGUUCAAGGUUCGUGUGGGGGAUUUCCCUGGAUCCAGCGGGUAUUUUGCCAAUCGUAUCCGUUCGAUCCGUUGCUGCAGGUGGGACCCCUGAGGUCAUUCCACCGGCUGGAAAGUGGUCUGCCUGGGGUGGGAAAGAGAGACGAAUGACUGCUUGGAGAGCUGCAAAGUAUGGUACCAAGCUGAUACCUCAUCGUGUUAACAAACUGUUGGGAAGUCAAAGUAGCUAAGACGGUACCAAUCCCGACAAACGAGAA